AUGAGCUUCGCAAUCGAAGUGCCCGGCGAGGCGGCUCCUCUGAGCAUCUUUGAGCUGGGAAGAGCCCUCGAAGCCGCUGCCACUUCAACCGACAAUGCCCAGAGACAGUCGGCCGGACAGCAGCUCCAAGCCUGGGAAGUCCAGCCAAACUAUUAUUCCACUCUCCAGACCAUAUUCCUGGACAAGUCACUGCGCAACGAGAUCCGCUUUCUCGCCAUUAUCCUAAUCAAGAACGGCAUCGAGAAAUACUGGAGGCGCUCUGUUAAGAACUCGCUCAAGCCCCAAGAGAAGGACCUGAUCCGCUCCCGGCUGUUCCAGGGCUCGAUAGACGAGGAGGAGAAGAACUUGUCGCUGCACAAUGCUCUCGUAACUGCCAAGCUCGUUCGGAUAGACUACCCAACUGAGUGGCCUGACGCCGUACCCAUGAUUAUCAACAUAACAAGAUCGUCAAAAGAUGGAAACCCGGUACAUCUGGGCGGCGCGCUGCUGCUGCUGCUCCGUGUCGUCAAGGAGCUGGCCACAGCGCGCAUGCGGCACUCACAGACCACACUGCAGGCAAUAACGCCCGAGCUCGUCCAGCUGCUGGGCGAGAUAUACACGGCCAAGACUGCUUACUGGCAGGAUUUCUUCACCAAGGGCCGCGGGGAGGAAGACGAUGCCGACUACGCGAUGCAGAACAGCUUGACGGCCCUCAAGAUCUUGCGCCGGCUCGUAAUUAUUGGCUACGAGCAACCGCACACAGACAACAUGGUCCGAGAAUUCUGGUCUCUGUCGCAGAGCCAAUUCGACCAGUUCCUUCGCGGGGUCAGCCACGAGUCGUGGAUCCCAAUCCCCUACCAAGACGUGGUCGGCAAGCACCUCAUACAGUUCACCAAGCUGCACAUCGACAUGUGCGAAAGCCGGCCUGCGAGCUUCCCCCUCCUGCCAAACUCGAUUCCCCUCGUCGGCGCAUAUUGGAAUCUCGUCAAAGAUUUCUCAGACGUUUUUGAGAAGUCCGGUGGCAUCAAGCAGUCCUCUACCACGCCAGCGGGGAAUCCCAAGCACGAAGGGCCCUUAUCAGAGAAACUCGCGCUCAAGGGUCUCCUGUUGAUACGGAGCUGUAUAGCUACUGCCUAUCGGCCAGCACAAACGUUUAAGUACCGGAGCGUCGAGGCUAAAAUUCUAGAGAAGCAGGCUAUAGAGGCUAUCAAGACGGAUUUGCUGACCAAGGACCUGCUAUACGAGAUGGUCCAGGUCAUAAUCAGCAAGUUGUUCAUCUUUCGCAAGUCAGAUCUCAACGCCUGGGAGGAAGACCCCGAGGGCUGGGAAGCCCAGGAAGCCAACGAAGGCCAGGCGUACGAAUGGGCUGUCCGACCGUGCGCCGAGAGGCUGCUUGUCGAUCUGCUCAUUCAUUAUCCAGACCUGCACCAACCGCUACUUACUUACUGCGAGCUGGCCAUCAAGGUCCAAAUGGACAUCGUCACCAAGGAGGCGGCGUACUGCGCACUGGGCUGUGCCGCCAUCACCGUUAACAAGGAAUUCGACUUUGAUCAGUUCCUGAAUGCGACGCUGGUCAACGACGUGCAGAUUGAUGACACGAUGGCCAAACUGCUCCGUCGUCGGAUAGCGAUUCUCCUGAGUCAAUGGGUGCCAGUCAAGAUAGUUCCGACUAGCCGAGCCGUCGUUUACGGGCUCUUCCGGCAUCUGAUGAACCCGGACGACAAGCACAAUGACGAAGUUGUGCGCAUCACGUCAGCCCGCCAGUUCAAGCAUAUCGUCGACGACUUUGGGUUCGAUGCAGAGGCUUUCCUCCCAUAUGCAUCCGACUAUUUCAACCUCUUAACUGGUCUCCUCCAGGAGGUGGACAGCGACGAGGCGAAGCUUGCGUUGCUGGAGACUCUGCGGCUUAUCGUGACACGAAUGGACGAGCACGUCUCGCAAUUCGGAGACGCCAUUAUGGCUACCAUACCUAAGCUCUGGGAAGCAUCCGGAAGCGAAGAGUACAUGAUUAAGCAAGCGGUGCUCGCGAUCAUGUCCUCGUUGGUCAUGGCAAUGCAUGGCGAGUCCCAGCGGUACCAAGGUACCAUCACCCCACUGCUCCGAGAGGCAAUGAACCCGGAUUCCGCCCUCAACCUUCACCUCAUUGAAGAGUCAGUGGAGCUUUGGAAAUCCAUGUUGAUGCAGAGCACGCCGCCCAUCAACUCCGAAGUCACACGACUGGUGGAACUGGUUCUGCCACUUCUGCAGUAUUCAUCCGAAGUAUCAAAGAGUUGCCUUGAGAUCGUUAAAAACUACAUAAUUCUUGCCCCGAGCGAGAUGCUGAGCGACGGCCUUCGACGCCCGACUUUGAUAGCAUUGAAAGAAACACUAGACGCAACGAGCCGAAAAAAGGCCUACCUCGGUGUGACCUCGAUAGACCUUAUUAUCCGCUCGGCGGAAGCACUAGGCGGCUCUCAGGGUGUUUCGCUUAUCGUCCAGGACAUGAUGGAAACUGGUAUUCUUGUGAAUAUCUUUGAAGGCCUCCACAGCGCGUGGGAGGCCGGUCAAACAGUGGGCCCCAACAAGAAGAAGAGCAAAAUCAACAGCCUCAACGAAACGGACUACUUCGCCAUACUAGCCCGCAUCGCGGUGGCGGACCCUGCCGUCUUUGCCACCAUGCUGUCCGGCCUCGGCAACGGCCUCGAGUCGGUUUGGCCGUGGCUUGCUACGCGGUGGUUCGCCAACUUUGACAGCAUGAGCGACAUCAACCGCCAGAAGCUCUCUUGUCUGGCGCUGACACGGCUCUGCGAGCUGCCGAACCCGAUGCAGGACCUCGUCCUUGCACGCCUGCAGGACUUCUUGUCUAUGUGGACCAGCGUCGUCACGGAGUUGACGGACGACCCCGACGGGCGCGACUGCCUAGUCUGGGACCAGCUGCCCAGCAACGCCUACGACACCCCCCUCGACGUGUACGAGAACCGGGCCGCCUGCAAGGAUCCGGUGCACGCCGUCGCCGCACUCGAGUUUGUUAACCUCAGACUGCGCGACCUCGUGCAGAGAGCUGGCGGCGAGCAGGCCUUUGAGGCCAACUGGGCUGUUAAUGUCGACAAGGAGGUUCUGGCGGGGUUCCAGAGACUCGGACAGCCGAGGCAGACGGGUGAAUGA